AUGGGGCAUGUGACACUUGUAACCAAUAUGAAUCUUUAGAGUCAACAAGUGAAGAAUUCAAAACUUGGAAGGCAUCUGAAGAUUAUGUCAAGUGGGAAAUAAACAUCUUGAUGGAUCUGUGGAUUGGGAUAGAAUAAUCAAACUUGAGUGUAUUGGACAUGUCCAGAAGAGGCUUGGAAAGGCUCCAUAUGAAUUUCAAAGAACUGCUUCAAAACUAGAGGAUGGUAAGCCUGUGAAAGGAAGACAGGGUCAAUUAACAAAAACAGCAAUCGAGAAAAUGAGACGCUCUUAGGGGAAAGCUAUUUGAAAAAAACCCAACAGAGACAUUAACUCUGUAGAAGAGCAAGAUGACGCUGUCCAGAUCAUGCAAACUGAAAUUAUGGCUACCUUGUACCAUUGCUUGAAGUUACCAAAUAAAGACACAAGUACUGCUCAAACAAUUCUUGGUGCAGGUACAAGAAGAAAAUUCCUUGCCCCAAUGAGCCUCACUACUUAGAUACCGUGUUUGAGAAGUAUUUACUUCCUUUUUAUGAGAGGCUCAGUGAUCUUGCCAUUCUUUCAUGCUGUCUUCCUGGGUUUACUAAAAUGGUAAUUGAGUCUAUCAAUUCAUUAGUGUAGAUUAGAUGCCCAAAAUACAAAUGGCAUGGAAGGAAAAGAAUUCUGUUGGCAACAGCAUCAGCUACCCUUCAAUUUAGUGUAGGGGCAAUAGCAAAGCACGAGGUAAUGGCAAGGGCUGGGCUUGCUGUUGGGGGCCAUACCAGAAAAGAGAGCACCAGAAAAAUAUUACAAUUUUUUUAAUUCCUAGUAAUCACCAGUAAUCUCUCAAUUCUUCUUUCAGAAUAUCAUCAUACUGAAUGAAGUGAGAGAUGAUCACUCAUCACUCCAUCUUGGAUAUGACAAUGAAAUUAUUGUAGAAUUCCGGCAUGAAUAUCACAAUAUGCACUCAUUGAAACGAAAGGUUACAGGAUUUUGGCCUAUGGAUAAUUCUAUCAAGAACAAUUGAGGGAUAUCAGACAAAAACUAAAUGGAUCUAACAGAUCACUAGGGUUACAGAGCAAUCUGGCAUUCCAUUUGACUGGAAUGUUACAUACAUGUUCCUCUACCAAUUAUUGCUUCAUUCUUUCAAGAACUCAAUUCAGGUGUUGUCAAAGACAACAACAGAGGCUCACAAGAAGAAGGUAUUCCAGUUAUGGCCUUCACUUUUGCUUGCAUGUGGAUGG